AUGGCGGAGGAGAACUUGCAUGGGGAAUGUGAGGGUGAGAAUAACGGAGAUUCAAAUAUGGAAAGUUCCAACGACGGUCCACAUCAGAAAGGAAACACGAAAGCUGCAGGGCCCUCGAAAGGCAAGAGAGCGACGGUUCAGGUCUCGGAGAAGCAAAUCGAGGGAAACAACAAACAUGGGAUUAUUACUUGGAACUGUCAAGGUGCAGCUUCUAAUAGUUUCGUUAGAGCUGCGAAAUGGAUUAUUGAUUCACAUAAGCCGGAUGUUUUCUGUCUGCUGGAAACAAAAACCUCGGGAAACCAUGCAACGGAGGUCUGCAAGAAACUCAAGUAUGCUAAUUGGGCGAGAGUGGAAGCUUUAGGCUAUAGUGGUGGUAUUUCGACAAUGUGGAAGGAGGAACUACAAGUUGAUAUUAUUCGGACCAAUCCCCAGUUCAUGCAUCUUCUGGUUGUCGACAGAAAAAAUAGAACAUGGAAUCUAACGGUCGUAUAUGGGAGCCCAUCGCUCCAUCUCAGACGUCGACUCUGGAGUGCCCUCAGCCGGGAAAAAACUGAAAUCACUAGUCCCUGGCUAGUGGCGGGAGAUUUUAAUGCGGUCACUAGUACCGAUGAAUGUUCCAACCCGGAAAACGUGGGAAAUCAUAGGAACAGCGAUUUUAAGAAUUGGAUUUUUGAAGAAGCUCUGCUUGAUCUUGGCUAUAAAGGACAGAAGUUUACUUGGAAAAGGGGUAGGGAAGGUGAAACGUUCAAAGGCGCAAGGUUGGAUAGAGCCCUUUGCUCAACGAAUUGGCUAGACACUUUCCCUGACACAUCCGUCACUCACCUCACGAUGCUCAAAUCUGACCAUUGCCCUAUUCUUAUGGAAUUCGAUAAACCGCAAGCCCGGUCGCACCAGAGAUUCAUGUUUCAGGGCGCCUGA